GAGGCGGGUGGGGUGUGGGUGAGCUAUCGAGAAUACAGAGCGCCAGAGCACCACGGCUCUUCCUCCCCAGCAGGCUCCGGUCCAGCCUGUGUGGUCCUUCGGGCUCGGGUGUGCUCUCUUCCGCUGUUGCUAAGGAGAUGGACGUCUCGAACGGAGCUGCGAUCCGGGCUGAAUUGUCCACAUCGUCCCCUCCUCAACAACCGGCCGUCGUUCAGCGUGCAACGCGUGUAUGUGUGUUUACCGGAAUCAUCGUGAACAACGUGACGCGUCAGUGGCAGCUCUGCAGCAGCAGCAGCCAGGACCAGUGGAGCUGCAGCCGAGGAGCUGAAGAGGCACGGGUUUGACUGGCAGCCGCUCGGCGUCCAAGACAGCGGAGAGACACGGGGGAUUUCGGCGAAUGCUACCUAGCCAAGACGUCGGCUUCGGCUUGACAAGGGAGCAUGGCGUCCACAGGCAUGCAGAUUUUUGGAUUUGUGCUGGCGCUGUUGGGCAUCAUGGGUGCAAUGGUGGCCACUCUGCUGCCCAACUGGAAGGUGAGCGCCGACGUGGGCUCCAACAUCAUCACGGCCAUCUCCCAGAUGCAGGGACUGUGGAUGGACUGCACGUGGUACAGCACUGGAAUGUUCAGCUGCACACUGAAGUACUCGGUGCUUUCGCUUCCUGCGUACUUGCAGACUGCGCGCACCACCAUGGUGUUGUGCUGCGUGCUGGCGGCCAUGGGCCUGUGCCUGGCGUCCCUGGGACUCAAGUGUACGCGGUGGGGAGGGGGACGGCGCUCCAAGCGGCAUGCGGCCAUCGCCAGCGGGGGCUGCUUUGUUACCGCCGGCUUUCUGUGUCUGGUGCCUGCUUCCUGGUUUACCAACGAGGUCAUCACCAACUUCCUGGACUCCACUGUGCCCGAGAGCAAUAAGUUUGAGCCCGGGGGUGCUGUGUACGUGGCCUUCGUUUCAGCCGGGUUCCUCCUAAUGGGAGGCUCCAUCUUCUGCAUGUCCUGCUCGGGGAAGAGGCACGGCCCCCAGGACCUGGUCCUGCUACCCCCGCCUGACAAAUUGCUAUUGCAGCAACAGCAGCAACAGCUGCUCCAACAACAGGAGCUCCAGCAUCAGUAUUGCUCUCUCUCCCCGCUGGAUAAUAAGACGGGCUACAGCCUGCAGGACUACGUCUAGGAAAUCAGUGUUGCGUAUGCACCAGCUUACAGGAGAGGCAGAGGAGUGGACCAUCGCAGCUUAUGCUUUAAGAGUCGGCUGUGCUCCACACAGGUGGGGAAAUGUGAGCUGCUCUUGUGUCUUGCUCCUGUCUUUCUUCUGUUUCGCAAGCACAAGCAGCGGGGGUAAUCUCUGAGCAGCACCUUGGAACAAACAGACUGAAGGCGUCACGAGCACCGAUGAGGUGCUGCACAAUCCAAGGGAGCCGCAAACCAAAUGCAAGACAUCCUGCAUCGGUAAAUCACUGGGAGGGUUCCCGGGGGAGUGGAUUAAGCAAAUAGGAAGUUUUUCUCCCCCCGCCCCCUGCCAAAGGU